UUUACAAUAAUUAUACAAAGUGCAACAUAACCUACAAAUUGUGUAUAAUAACUGUAAUAAUAUUCAUUAGUUUAUUAUCUAGUGCAAUUGAACUAUAAUCAUAUUUUAUAUCACAUUAUACUUUUUGAAAUGCAAUUCCAAUUAUACAAUACUAUAAAUUAAAUAGCCAAUUACAUAUAAUAAAAUAUCUACAAAAUGAUGGACUGCAUAGAUUUAAGUACGCCUGACGUGGAGGAGAAAAUUAAUGAAUCUUUAAGACUUCUUAGCGAAAAAGAGGAACACUUGGACAAGCAGUUAGAAGCUCUGUCAGCCAGAAAAAGCUAUCUCGAAACAAAGAUUAGAGGUAUCACAAAAGCUCUUCCGAAUCUUCAGAUAGUUCACUCGGAUUCUGAACAAUUAUCUGAAAUGAUAUCAUUCACUUGUACUUUGGCUGAAAAUGUCAGUGCCAAAGUUCGUCAGCUGGAUGUCGCUAGAAGUCGGGUGUCAGAAUGCCAGCAACGCGUGCAUGACCUUCUCGAUGUGCAGCUGUGCAGUGACGGAGUGCAGACUGCUCUGUCCAGCGACGAUUAUGAGAAAGCGGCUGCCCACGUCCAUCGCUUCCUCACCAUGGACCAGAGUCUAUUGCAACAGACUGCCGAUGAUGUACAACAAGAUUGUUCUGCGGUCACUAACUCGUUGUCUUUACUCCAAGAGGCAGCCGGCCAAUUGAGAGACAUUGUCACCAUCAAGUUCACUGAAGCAGUCCGUAAAUCAGAUGCGGCUUCAGUUGAACGAUUUUUCAAAAUUUUCCCUCUCAUCAAUAUGCAUGAUUAUGGAUUGGAAAAGUAUUCAGCGUAUCUUGCAGCUAAGUUGGAUGAAGCAUCAGCGAAAAGUAUGAAGUCGACUCUGGAAACGCCUUCCAAUGAUAAGCGUGCCUGUGUUGUAUUCGCUGAUAUGCUGACAGUUCUAUUCGAAACAAUUGCACGUUUGUUCGAGAUUCAUCAACCUCUCAUAGAAACAUAUUAUGGCCCAGGACGUCUACUCAAAGUGUCUUCAAUCAUCCAACAAGAAUGUGAUAAGCAAAGCAAAUUAAUCUUGAACGAAUUCAACAAGCAGAGGUCAAUGGAUAGAAAAAUUGCAUUGAUCAACGAAGUUGAAAGACUCGGAAAUUCCAGCAGUUCCAAUGCAUUGAAUGCAAACAGACUUGAUCCGAAAGACAUUGAUCUUCUUCUCAGCGAAAUAUCAAUUAUGCACUCACGUUAUCAGCUUUAUGUGAGAUUUCUCCAACGUCGCAUUUCUAAUGAUUUAGAAAUUGGCAUAAAAGAUACCGCUAGCCGAGCCGUGCAUCUGAGUGAUAUGGAAGCUCUUAUACAGAACAGUGAUUUGUGUCGAAGAAUGCAAACGCUUCUCGGUCAUUAUCUAUUAUUGGAACGUUACUACAUGGAAAAUAGUGUCAUAAAGGCUGUUUCAAUCGAUACAAUUGACAAAGGAUCUCAAACUUCAAGCAUGGUUGAUGAUGUUUUUUUCAUUGUGAGGAAAUGUAUAAGGAGAGCUGGUACAAGUGGGAGUAUAGACGGCGUGUGUGCAGUGAUCAACAAUGCGUGUGGGGCACUUGAAACAGAGAUGUGUUCAGCGCUUAGAAAUCAAUUGAAACUCGGUUUUCCGUCCGGCUACCUGGAUCUCACCCAAGCCUACAACGUGAUGCUCCAAGGUAGACUACAAACAUCCGAUUCCGAACAAGCAAGAAACACAUUUUUGAUCUACCUGAACAACGCUGACGUGUGCUCUGAGUGUGUGACCACGCUGUGCCGCAGCCUCAGCCACGAGCUGCCCUGCUCAAGUGAGCACGAGCGCGCCAAGCUGGAUAGCUGUCUGGGGGGGCUGAGUGUGGUCACCGCCGCCCUAGGCGCCAUCGUCGACUACGGCCUGCAGCAGCUGCAGGUGUCCGCCAUCAAGCCCCGCAUCGGGCCCUGGGUCGACACCUUCUUCACGCUCUCGCACAAUCUCACUCAG